AUGUCUGAGCUGGAACCUCAAAUUCUACUACCGAGUUUUCAAGAACUGCUUCGUCGGCUCGCCCGGGCCCGCCGAGCCGCCGACGACGCCAAGCAGAGGAUGUUGACUGAAGAGAUACUGGCGGCCAUAACUUACGGACAAGUGCAUCGUGGAUCGGCGGAGCGCGAGGCGGCGCUGCUCACAUAUUGGGAGCGUCGGAAACCGAGUUGGGCAGGCCCGCUGCCAACGCCCCGUUUCGCGCCAGUCGACUACCCGAUAAUCGACCAGCAAGCCGAAAUGGAUGGCAGGCUGGAAGCUGCGAUUAAUACUGCCGAAGAAGCAAGCCGUGCCCCCUCAACGCUCGCCGCUCGGAAAGCGGCUCUAAAUCUUUACGUCGACGGGCGGCGUGAGUUUCUACAGACUGAGGUCGCGCGCACCCAGGCCGAGCUCUCCGCCGCUGAAGCGGAAUUGUAUUCUUGGGGAAAUGACCGCGACCAAUCCCGCGUGAAGUACCAACGAUUUUUCAUUGCGGCUUUCGGCGAGUGCGCCAUCCAGCUCCGGACAACAGAGGAGGACAUCGCCUCACGUUUGCCCGCCGAGGUCGAACUCCCGCCUAUCCGGGCUAUUCGUUGGGCUCUUCCGAUUGCCCCUGCAGCCCAUCAUCCUGGUGUUCGUGGAGAUGAUGAUACGGUCACCGCCGCAGUGAACAGUCCAAUCCCGGCUCUCGUCGGCCCGGAUGAGCCCGAAGUGGCUGCACGCGAUCGCCGUCCGGAGGACCCGGUCGCCCCGAUCCGGCGUACUGUCGGGCGGCCGUCGACACGCAGCGUCGGAGAUUGUGUGUGGUGCCUGAAGAAAAACACCAUCCUCACUUCGGCACUUGGGGCGGCCGUGUGCCUUAAGUGUGCGGACCGCUUCAGGCACGCUGUUUUGGAGACGACGGAAGCCGCGGACUGCGCCGGCUGUGACCCUGCAUCACCUUGCCUCCAAUGCAUCCGGCGACAAGGCGAGGAGCUCGGGUUGAAGGCCGCGCUCUACCGGCCACGGAAACAGCGGGCUGCCGGACACCCCGGAGUCAAUGAA